AUGUCUGGUGUGUCAAUGGCUGUGGCUGGUGAUAGAAAUGAAACAGAGAAUAGGCAACAUGGAAGCAUGACAAUGAUGGGUUCAUUACGUGUAAUAGAGCUACAACUUGUAGCUUUUGUAUUGGUUUUCUCAGCAAGUGGUCUUGUCCCACUUUUUGAUCUACUCUUUCCUGUCUUUGUCUCUAUCUAUCUAUUAGCACUUUCACGUUUUGUUUUUCCAUCAUUCAGUCAUGGAGUUUCUCAAACUAUUUUCCAUGGAAGCAAGGUUUUUCGAAUCUUUGUUAUUGUUGGAACAAUAGUGGGUUUGUUCUUGCCUCUGGCUUAUGUUUUGGGUGGAUUUGGCAGAGGAGAUAAACAUGCUGUGAGAUCUGCAAGUCCACACUUGUUUUUAAUCUCUUUUCAAAUACUCACUGAAAAUAUAAUUAGUGGGUUGUCAUUGUUUUCACCUCCUGUGAGAGCAUUGGUGCCUUUGAUUUAUACAGUGAGAAGGAUCUUUGUGGAUAUUAAUUGGAUACAUGAUGUGUGGCUCAACAUCAUUUUGCCACCAAAUGCACACAUUAAGGACAAGGCAUGGUUUUGGUUUGGGAGGGUUCUGGCUGUGGUUAAUCUGGUUUAUUUCUCCAUCAAUCUCUUUGGAUUCUUGAUUCCAAGGUUCCUUCCGAGGGCUUUCAAGAGGUAUUUCCAAGAGAGGGAUGAGAUUUAUGCUAAGGCUGCUGAGGACAAACCACGUGUCCCAAAGAGAAAGACAACAAAUUUAUGUCUUUAA